AUGGUGUAUCCUGCAUCUGUCUUCAUUACUGGGGCUAAUAGAGGCAUUGGAUUAGGAUUGGUUCGUGAAUUUUUGAAGGUUCCGGCCGUGAAGCAUGUGAUUGCUGGCGCAAGGAAUCCAGAUAAUGCUGAGGAGCUGAAUGCAAUUACCGAUAAGCGACUGAGUAUCGUCAAAAUUGAUAUCGAUUGUGAUCAGUCCAUCAAAGACGCAUACAAGCAGGUAGAGGCCGUAGUUGGUGAGAGCGGGCUAAACGUGCUGUUGAACAAUGCGGCCAUCUUGCCGCCUUAUUUUACAAAUGGAGCCAUCUGUCGGGAUACCUUAAUGAAGUGUGUUAAUACCAAUGUUCUAGGAACCGCCAUCGUCAGUCAGACUUUUUUGCCGUUGCUCCGUAAAGCGUCCUCUCACGGUGAAGGAGACCAUUGGGGAUUGACCGUGCUGCUAUUGUGA